ACAUGUAGUGUAUUUUUUUUAUAAUAAAAUUGUGAAAAAUUAUUAAUUUUGUAUAAAAAAUUUGUUUAAAAUGGAGCAUUCUGUACAUUACAUAGAAUUAUCCAAAAAUCCCAUACGUUUCGAUGCGGUUAGUCAAUUAACAAAUGUGUUUUUUGAUGAUUCCAAUAAGCAGAUCUUUGCCGUACGCUCUGGCGGAGCUACUGGUGUCGUUGUCAAGGGUCCCACCGAAGAUAAAGUCAUUUCAUUUUGUAUGACGGAUCGAGGUGCUAUUCGUUCCAUAAAAUUUUCUCCCGAUAAUCAAAUUUUGGCGGUUCAAAGACGUGAAAACUCUGUAGAAUUUAUAUGCUUUCAAGGUGAACAACCAAUGCUGCAGGAAAUCAUAGUACAUCAAGUUAAAGCCUUGAUCUAUGGCUUUGUUUGGGUACACAAUCGGGAAUGUGCCUUGAUAUCGAAUUCGGGUGUAGAGAUAUUUACCAUAGUGGCCGAGAAAAAUCAAGUGAAAUCUGUAAAAGCCAUGAGUAUGAGUAUUAAAUGGUUUGCUUGGUGUUCCGAGGCGAAUAUUGCGGUCUUAUGUACGGCCGAUAGUAAUAGUUGUCUGAUACCGGUAUUAAUAAAACAGAAAUCUAUAACAAAAUUGCCUAAACUGGAUUUGGGCAGUACAAAUCGUGAAGUCCAGGAGAGUAAAGUUACUUUAGGCCAAAUUUAUGGCAUUAUGGCUGUAUUGAUUCUACAAACCAGUGCUUCCGGCAUGAUUGAGGUAGAGGUGUAUUUAUUAAAUGGUCCAGGUUUGGCUCCACGUAAAUGCCAUGUUUUACGCUUGGGUUUGGUGGGACGUUUUGCCAUAAAUACUGUGGAUAAUCUGAUAGUGGUACAUCAUCAAGCCUCGGCCACUUCUUUGCUAUUUGAUAUUUCCCUUAGCGGUGAGAUAGUGAAUGAUAUAACGUAUCAUUCUCCCAUCACAGCUGGCAGAUCGAUAAGACCUUUUGCCUUGAAAUUGCCCAGUCUGCAGCCGGAUGGUCAAAUUUUACAAUGUGAAUUGUAUUCCACCAAUUGGGUACUGUUUCAGCCCAACAUAGUUAUUGAUGCCAAAUUGGGCUGCAUGUGGUAUCUGCACUUGGACAUUGAGUCCCUGUGCACUUUAAUAUCAGAUAGAAUACGAUUAACAGAAUUUCUUUUGCAACGUAACAGUGGUAAACAGGCUCUGCUAAAAGUACUCAGACAAUUAGUAGAUGACCAAUACAAUGGAUCAUUUUUGCCAGUAUUGGAGACCAUUUUCAAUAAAAUUAAUAAAGUAUAUGCAUCUUGGGUCCAAUUAGAACUACAAAAUCAAACAGCUCAGCCCUCAAAUGUUAAAACGACACCCAAAUUGCCUACUCCCCCCAAAGUGUUAAUCGAACAAAUCGACAUGCAUACUCAAGUAUUCCAAUCGAUUGUGGAGAAACCCCAAUGCCAAACCAUACUCUUACUUUAUCUACAAUCUUUGUGCAAGCAUAAUAUAGCUGCCCAGGAAGAUCUUAGCAAAAUGCUAAUAAAUGAAUUGAUUUUAAACAAAAGUUUUGAUACUCUACGACGUUUGGCCGAGUAUUCUCUGCUAAUGGAAUCGAAAGCUAUUGCCUGUUACCUACUCUCACAUUCCAAUGAAGAUCCUGCAGUCUCACAAGUUGCCUUAGAUAUGUUGACAAAAAUUAAAGCUCACGAAAUUAUUAUAGAAGUUUUGUUGGGUCAGGGUAAAGUAGUGGAUGCUUUACGCUUGGCCAUUAAUACCAGUGAUGCGGGACGUAUAUCGGCUAGAAAGUUUUUAGAAGCUGCUCAGAAAUCUAAAAAUGAUAUGACCUUCCAUAGUGUGUUUAAGUAUUUUCAAAUGUGCAAUUUGAAACAGCAUGGCUCAAUGGAGUUUUUGAAAACUGAACAAUGUUCGGAAUUUGUUCAAUAUUAUAAUAAUUUAUAUAAAACUACUUAAUUAGCCAACAGGUUUUUAAAACCACAACAUAGUUUAAAGUUAUUUUAAGGUGCUUUUUUUCAUAAUAAUAAAAACUUACAGUAUUCUGGGGAAAUAAAUAUGAAAAUAAUAA